UCUAUUUUGUCAUAAUUUUUACUAGUCUCCUUCAAACAAAAUUCUACGUUCGCAGGACCGCCGCCACUGCUUAUGCUGUUUAUAUUACAAAUUCAAAUAGAUCCACACUUAAAUAGCCUACGUUACAGAAAUUCAGCUGUCUGCAUUCUGUCUGAAAAUCCUGAUUAAAAACAAGACUACAAAAUGAAGAUUUUUGCAGCUAAAGUUGAGGAAGGAAUCGAAGGCCAAGACGGAAAACUAUCCGUUGGUCCCGUCUAUCGUAAUCUACUCUCCAAGAAUGAAUUUCCACCGCUUGAUUAUGAUAUGAGCACUGCAUGGGAUCUUUUCAGUGUAUCUGCAACGAAGUAUCCUGAUAACAAUAUGCUUGGCUGGCGUUCUUUUGUCAAAGGAAGGGUGGGGCCUUAUUUAUGGAAAACUUAUAAGCAAGUGUACGAAGAAGUUCUGCAAAUUGGCUCUGCAAUUCGAGCCUCUGGUGUUGAGCCUGGAUGCCGAGUUGGAAUUUAUGGAUCAAACUGUCCUCAAUGGAUUGUUGCAAUGGAGGCUUGCAGUGCCCACAGCUUGGUUUGUGUGCCACUUUAUGAUACCCUUGGACCAAAUGCUGUAAAUUUUAUCGUAGAGCACGCAGAGAUUGAUUUCGUUUUUGUCCAAGAUAAAAAAGUUAAAGAACUGUUGAAUCCUGAUUGUCGAUCUGUUUCACGUAUUAAAACUAUUGUUUGCUUUACAUCAAUGACAAUGGAAGAGUAUGACAAGGCAGCUGAAAUGGAUAUACGACCAUACUCGUGGGACGAGUUUAUGCAAUUGGGGAGAAAGAAUCCAUCAGAAAUAGUACCUCCUCAUUCUUUUAGCAUUUGCACAAUAAUGUAUACAAGUGGAACCAGUGGAGAUCCGAAAGGCGUCGUAUUAACACACGAAAUGCUGGUUUCUUUUGUUCGAGGCAUGGAUUUAUUUAUGGAGCAAUUUGAAGACAAGAUGACGGUUGACGAUGUAUAUCUAUCUUUCCUGCCCCUUGCUCACGUACUGGACCGCGUGAUUGAGGAAUACUUUUUCCGAAAAGGCGCUUCUGUUGGUUACUAUCAUGGGGAUUUGAAUGCAUUGAGGGAUGAUAUAAUGGAGCUGAAACCAACUUUUUUAGCCGGUGUACCUCGAGUCUUCGAGAAAAUAUAUGAAGGCAUGCAGAAGGCACUGGAAGAACUGAAUCCUGUCCGCAGGCGAAUUUUUGAUGCUCUAUAUAGAUACAAGCUAUCUUGGAUGAAUCUUGGUUAUAAACAGAAAUAUGCUUCACCUCUAGCAGAUUUAUUAGCCUUCAGAAAGGUGAAAGCUAAAUUAGGUGGACGAAUUCGUCUGAUUAUAUCUGGAGCUGCACCUUUAAGCUCUGAAGUCGAAGAAUUCCUGCGUGUCACGUGUUGUGCUUUCGUGCUGCAAGGCUAUGGUUUGACAGAGACCUGCGGACCAGCGACGCUUGGAUUUCCGGAUGAAAUGUGUAUGAUGGGUGCUGUCGGCUCUACAUCCGUAUACAAUGAGUUACGCCUCGAGGAGGUUCCAGAGAUGGGCUACAAUCCACUAGGGACUCCAUCCCGCGGUGAGAUAUGCGUGAGGGGAAAGACCGUGUUUGCAGGGUAUUACAAGAAUCCUGAACUCACAAGAGAGUCCAUUAUAGAUGGAUGGUUUCACACAGGGGACAUAGGGGAAAUUCAACCAAAUGGAGUAGUGAAGAUUAUAGACAGGAAAAAACAUCUUAUAAAACUCUCACAGGGAGAAUACAUAGCACUUGAAUACCUGGAAAAUGUUUACUCAAUCACCUCAAUUGUUGAAGAUAUAUGGAUCUAUGGAGACAGCUUCAAGCCGAUGCUAGUGGCAGUAGUUGCGCUGAAGGAAGAUAAUGCGAAAAAGUGGGCGGAUGUAAACGGUUACAUGAGUUCAUUCUCACAACUUUGUACUCUUAAUCAGCUACAUGAAUAUGUUCUUUCAGAACUCAAGUCUACAGCUGAAAGAAACAAGCUGAGAGGUUUCGAAUAUAUCAAGGGAGUGAUACUGGAGUCUCGUCCGUUUGAUAUGGAACGAGAUUUAGUGACUGCGACACUGAAGAAGAAACGCAACAAAUUAUUCAGUUACUAUCAGAGGGAAAUUGAUGCACUUUGCAAAAACUUAGCAGCAAGAAAAUGACUAUAAUCAAGUCUCUGUUCAGUUCAGUCUUGGUCAUUUAGUUAUGAUGUUGAUGUCCUUUCAUACGUUGACAUGUUUAUGACUCUUAUGUAUCUGUAUUCUGUUGAUGAAUAAACGUUAAUAUAUCAAUUUCCCUA